AUGCUCAGCUGGAUUGAGAGGGUAUUGCCUCAGCCCCCGGGAACCCCUCAAAAGACCGGGGCAGAAGAGGAGGCAAAGUUGGAGCCGGAGCCGGAUCUGACAGAAACUGAAGUGGAGGAGGUCCAGCCGGUGAAGGAACAGGAGCCAGAGCAGGCUCCAAGGGAACCACCAGGAUGUGCAGAAGUGCCUCCCCAGGGCAAGACCCCCGAGGUCCCCCCGGAGACCGUGGAGUUGCUGCCUGCAUCUCAUCCAGCUCAAGCUCCUCUGGUUCCUGUGAACAGCAAUUCCAGUGGAUGGAUCCUGACGUUAAUGACAAAGGGGCUACAGAGAGUCGUCCCACAGCCUCCCCAGGCAUUAAUAGUUCAGAACUUGGAAAGCAAUACCAAUGUUCCUGACAAGGCUGGAGCACAGACUCUUGGGAAUGAACAACUGAACCCAGGGCUGGCACCAAAUGACAACACCGACAGCCAGGACAAGGGGGCUGGAAAAAUCAUGAAAUGGCUGGUGCACAGUUUGGAGAAAAUGUUGCACAGCCUCCACCCCAGAUCCUGA